AUGUUGCAAGCAACCAUUACUGAUCACCUUUUGCUUGAAGAACUUCCGCCACUCGUAAUUUCUUUUCUUUCAGAUUAUCCUCCUUCUGAAAGAAGCCUUGUUGCGAAGAAACUUUUGGUGUAUGCUGUUAAAAAGCUAGAGCAAAGGUCGGAAAGGCAACAAAACCCAACUAGGCAAUAUUACCAACUACCCACUUGGUGGGCUCCUGAUCAUAAUAAAGAAAACAAAAGAAAGGAUAAAAAGCAUUCAACAUUACCAAUAGAGGAGCAGCUUUCGAGAAGGAUGAAUGACGGAAUGACUCAGACAUCUGAUGCUUACAUUCGUGCACCUGAAAAGGUGUCCAAAGGUACUCGUGGAUAUCAAAAUUUUAUUGCAAGUAAAAGUAUCACAUGUUUAACUCCAAGAUUAUUUUAUUUACAACAAAUGAUCAAUUUAUUUCCAAGUGAAAAGAAAAGAUUUAUUCCAAUCUGCUCGUCCUCCGAGCCUUCAAACCAUGAUAUCAUACCAUCAGAAAAUGAAGACGACGUUAAAAAUUAUAAUAUGCGCAAUAAGGACCCUUUCUUUGUUGCUUCAACAAAAAAACCAACAACAUAUGAACAUCUAAAGAAGCCACAACAGACAAAGGAUAUUAGACAUCCGCUCCGAACGCGUCAGAUACCAACCCAAACUAACACUGCCAAGCCAAGUAUUAAAGGUAUUAAAACAGGCAAAUGUUUUAGUAACACAGAUAAUCAUCAACCGGAACAUACGUCAAAACAUAAGCAGAUUGCUAAACUACAAUCUUUAAGUAAAAGUUCUCCGAAGGAUAAUUUUAGAGCUAGAUCUAAGAUUAGAUCGAAGAACAUAGCCGAGAUUGCUGAUGAGUUUCUUGAAAGUAAUUUUAUGGCUUAUAUUGAACCUCCACAUAAUAAAGAUGAUAGCUUAGAGAAUAAUGAAGAUUUGGAAGAAAUCAUUUAUAAAGCUAGACAAAAGACAUCUGUGUAA